UAAACACAAUAAGUUUAUUUAGUGUGAGUAAUUAAAACCAAGUCCGCACGGCCAAACGAGAGUUUCCUCGGGUGAGGCCGGGUUGGCCCUAAUCUGCAGCCGUUUCCUCUAAUCUCUCAACCACCGUCGACUUCUCUUUUCCUUUCUUCUCCGGCAAUUUCGCCAUUUCUCACAACCACCGGCUUGGAAAACGCUACCACUGCUAUAUAUUUCUGUCUCUUCCCCCUAUUUCAGCACCAAAUCAAAAAAGCCCUAAUUUUCUAUAGCCAAAGAUGUCCAUAUUAUACCGUUUCAAACUCUUCGCCGCCGCCGCAUCCACCACCUAUCUGGCACGAAGCGACGAGAGUUAUAAGAGGGAAACGCUGCCUACGGAACUCUCCACGAAUGUGGUGAUGCUCACGUGCGAGUCAGCCGCACACGGCGGCGUAUGCGAUGUGUAUUUGGUCGGAACCAAGCACGGUUAUCCGGAAUCUUGUCGACAAGUUCGGGAUGUGAUACAAUUCUUGAAACCACAUGUUGUUUUCUUGGAAUUAUGCGCUAGACGCAGUGGUAUACUUACGCCUGUCAAGAAUAAUGGUCGAAUCUCAGAAUUUCAUGUGGCAUAUCAAGAAGCAAUGAAAUAUGGUGCCAAUGUUAUACUUGGUGAUCGACCUAUUGAGAUUACAUUGGGGAGAGUACCGGUCAUGGCGACUCUGGGGGAAAUGGUCAGCUGUUUAAUUCUAAGACCAUUGGAUACACAUGCAACUUUUCUUGAUAUAGAAAAGGAGGAAUUGAAUGAUGUUGACAGCGUGAAUCGAGUAAUUUUGGGGUUGGAGAAGAUGGUACCUAGUUAUGUGGAAAUCGUUGUUCACGAGCGGGAUCGAUAUAUGUCGACCAAUUUAUUAAAAGUCGCAUCUAAACAUAACUCAGUGGUUGCUGUCGUUGGAAUGGGCCAUUUACAAGGAAUUCAAAAGAAUUGGAAACAACCUGUUGAUAUGGAGCAACUUCUUCAGGAACGAGGCUUUGCAGCGUCUGUCCUAAGGUUUAUUAAUUUUCGUUAGAUUAUGAUGAAAUAUUAAUAGGUAUCCCAGACCAUCUAAAUCUUACUAAUUAGUUAUUCAUUUUCGUUAUAAUUUCUAACUCUAGUAUUCUGAUGUUCUUAAGAGAUGUUUUAUGUACUUAUUAGACAUUUUCUCUUGAAA